GUUGUUGACCGCACUAAAAGAAGACGACGGCCAGUGACUGUUGUUGUCUGUAGCUAACCUUAUUUACAGGAGCUGAACUCCACGACUUGCUGCGUCAUAUUCCCCAGUCGGCUUUGCUGACUUUUCAGACCGAGAUUUAGAUCAUACAUAUCUCUGGCAAGCAGCUGACCACAGAGAGAAAUACUGUUUGUGGUUCUUCCAGCACAGCUAGCUUUAGCUAGCGGAACCCACAGCAAAGAGAGCCAGCUAGUUGCGUAGCAGCGAUGGAGUGGCUGGGUAACGGGGCUUCAAUGUACCACGAUGAAGAGUCGAGCAUUUACCCAGCUUCAGCAGCCAAUGGCUUUAGUGGUGUUUAUCCUCACCAGCAGCAGUCACCGUCAUCGCACCUUUGUGAUUGUGCCAUGGCGUCACUGUGCCAGAGCCAGCAGCGCUGUUUAAAGGCCUCUAUCGUCUCCAGCUGGAGACUGGCUGAGGCCCAGGAUCAGCUAUGCUCUCUAGGCGUCCACAGCUCCGAGUCCCUGGAACAGGAACGUGCUCGGACUCUGGCCUGCCCCACUGAACUCACGCACACUGAGGAGGAGUGGCGCCGCAAGGAGAGCAUGCUGGGAUGUCAGGAACCCAGCCGCAGCCCUGUGCUCAGAGCUGUUGGGAGUUGGGACGUUUUUGAUAAGAGUAUCAUCAAUGUCCAUAACCAACCUGUAGAAAUGGAUCAGGACAAGUGCAAGACAUUUCUCCAAAAGUACGACCAAGAGCUCAGGUAUUUUGGUAUGUUGCGGAGAUGGGACGACAGUCAGCGGUUCCUCGCAGACACGCCUCAGCUCAUCUGUGAGGAAACAGCCAACUACUUAAUUCUGUGGUGCAUGAGACUACAGCAAGAAGGGAAAGAAGCACUGAUGGAGCAGGUGGCGCACCAAGCUGUAGUGAUGCAGUUCAUCCUGGAGAUGGCGUCGAACUCUCAGCAGGAUCCUCGAGGCUGCUUUAGACAGUUCUUCCACAAAGCCAAAGAGGGACAAGAUGUCUACUUAGAAGUCUUCUAUACAGAGCUUGAGGCCUUUAAAGACAGAGUGAAAGAAAACGCAUUCAAGUCUAGAGGCGAUACACCCAACACCGUCGAUCAACAGAAAACUAGCACAAACUGCACACUCGACCCCAAAGAAGCCCUGGACUCUUUACCUCCAGUGGCAGAGUAUCCUAUGAAACAUUGUUUGGAGGCUGGACUGUGGACAAGCACAGUGAGGUGGACAAAGAACGACGCCACAGAAACGGACGAUAUACGCAUGAUGGAGACUUCUUAGGGAUUGUAGGAUUGACCCCUGCUUUUCCUCCAUCUCCUCCCCAUUUAGGAACAACCUGAGUUGUAAGCCCUGUUCACACAGCAGGCUAGGCUGAAUAACACCAGUGCAGAGCAGGAACAAAAGGAGACAUGAUGAGUCUUUUACGCUGCAGGAAAAUAAUGUUUUUUAAGGCAAACAUUUCUCAGUGUUGGCCUCUGGUGAGUUGGUCCCUGCAGUGUCUCUUGUCAGCUAAAUGCCAUAACCCUGGUUUCACAAUAUCCUUCAAGCUGGUGUUCCUUUUUAUUUCUCCUAAAAAAAAAGUGAAACAUCCUUACAAUGGAAGCAAAACAAACUGACAAAAUUAAAUCCAGACAACACAAAGAAUACUAAACCAAUAAAGUCUUUGGGCAGUUAGGUACCAAAUCUAAUGCCUAAAGUAGGACUCAGGUCAGAAGACAUCUGCGGAGUAAUUGUUAUAGCUGCUUAAAAUGAAUCAUGAGAAGCAUGGCUGACAAAUCAAUGGCUUUGUAUCCUCUGUGGUAUUAGGUUCUGGUUAAUGGUGAACAUUUCAUAGAAACAGCCAACUAGACUAGAUGGUCUGUUAUAUUGUGCUUGACAUUUAGUAAUGCAAAGUAUCUUAAAGUAACAUUUAAAACUACCUGAUCAUGUGCUAGUGUACAGUAACUACUGUAAAAUAGAGAGAAUGUGGUUGAUCAGUAGAUGUGAUCUAUUGAAUAAUUUUCAUAUGAUACAGUUACCUGAAGGUGAGGCCGUGGUGUUAUGUAUGGAAGACUUAACUCUUGUCACUUGUCAUACCUUUUUAUAUUUUGUAAUAACAUAAAUGGCCUCACAUCUUAUUAUUUUUUCAUUGGUUUACUAAAAGUUAGUCUGCUAGCUGUAUGCUAAUGAGUAAAGAGCAGUUAUUGUGUGUGUUUAAUGGCGUAAUGUGUGAAUCUGGAAAAGAAUAUAGAGAAUGAGUGCCUCAGUUGUGGUUACUUGGAUUUGUGUUUUCUCCAGAAUUUAACUCGUCGGGCUAGAAUUAAAUUACAGUCUGAAAGCAAAAAAGGUUGGUUUAAAAGGUCUUGGGUCAGAUUCACCCUACAGGCCUUGGCUUUUGCAGCUUUUAGACUCAGAGCUGAUAUGCAUUUACACAGUUACACAGUAUGGGGUUGCACACAAUGCACAGGUCACAGGCUCAUUAUCAGGAGAGGAUAAAUAAUGCAAUAUGUGUGGGUGGCUAGUCAGUUAGCUGGCUCAGUGUUGUCUAAAAUGAGCGGACAACAGGGAUGCUUCAAGAUGGAAGCUUUUGGUGCAAAUGUUUCAAAUUUUACUUGGCUUUUGUCAUACAUUAUUGUGUCAUUACCUGAUUGUUGCCAUUCCUUGUUGUGCUGGAAAAGCCAUAACGAGCUGCCUCUUUUGUUGCUCAAAGUAUAAUAAGAGUUGAUGUUUGGUUAUCUUUGAACACUUAACACAUAAGGUCAGAGCAUGUUACAACUUCAGGAGUGGGAGAGUUUAUUGUAAUUUAUGCAUUUCUUGAAAGACGGCCUGUCCUAAAAAAAAGUAUUCCGAGUGUUGUCUGGGGAGGCUUAAAGAGGCAAUUACUGUAAUUUGCGUAAGUAAUCAGACUACCUCUUUUACAUCUACCAUUUACAUGCAUCUUUGACAUUUAAUCAAUUCAAUUUCCAGUCCAUAUAAAACAGAAGAUGACAGUAAUAGUUGUUCUUCACUUGGCUGCAUUUGCUCAUAUUGUCCUCCUCUGUCCUUUGUGGACAUAAAUAAUUCAGCCUUUCAGAACAAUAGUCAGGCUUAACAUAGACGAAUAAUGAGCUUAAGACAACAGUGCAUGCUUUUUGGAAUGUGAGACAAUAUAACAACUCAGCAUAUAUAACAUGACAAAGCACUCAGAUUUUGAUGCAGAAAGGCGUUUAUAGAGGGACAAAGUCAGCACAAUUUUAUGAGGAUAUUUGAGACAAUCUUGGUGUAAAUGUGAUUUUUCCAUAUCCUGAUGUUAUCUGGGUGCAAGAGUCAUGGUGAUGUAAUGUGUAAAGAGGACACUCAGUUUUGCCAGUUUGGUUGGUUGUUAGUCAUCACCUGAAUUAUGUUCUUCUUAUGAAUUUUUUUAAUCAGGCAUUGACAUAAUCAAAGCCUCAAAUUUCAAAUGGCACACAGGUGAUGGUAAUGAAAGCAUUUAGUAGGCCUGCAUUGGCUUUGUAUAUUUAUUUUUCUGGUUCAGUGAUGAGCAAGAGUACAACUAGCUUACAUUUUCUUUACCAGCUUGCCAUCCAGCAUCUAAAACCAGAUCACAACUGCAAGUUUCCUUUUAUCCAAGUCUUCUGUGCAGACUGAAGUCAGAGGUGUGUUGGUUAAAAGUUCACGAUUCUGGGAUCUACUACAGCUGAGAAGGAGCUCAAAAGCACAGGUAUGGGGGGGAGGGGGGAAAAAAAGGUUUGAGUGAUCCACAAAGACACUAUUGCUGUAUGUUUGUGUGCAGAAAGGAACUCUGCAUCUGAAUGUGUCCUGCACUUUAUAUGUCUCUGCCGUUUAUUAUUCUUCCUCAUAGCAUAUUUUGAUUUUGUCAUCUUUUUUUUUUUUUUUUUUUUUUGCUGUGUUCCCAGUCAUCCAGAAUUGAAUCAGAAAUUCUGUACAUUUUUAUUUUACAAGCAGGCUUUAGAUGAGCUUGUGUUUUGACUUGUAUGACAUUUUGUUUUACUUUUUGUAUUCUUUUUGCUGACUUUUUGUUGUCGAAGCUUUCAAGGGAGCUUUUGCCAGAUUUUUCCAAUUAACUGUCCCAUUGAUAAUAAUCUUUAUCGAACAAGACGAAAUCUGCUGAGCAACACAAUCAGUUAGAUUUUUACUGCAGACUGUGAAAUCAAAGUUACCAUAUGAUGCAUUAAAGUACAAUACACAUGUUUAUCACAUAAAGCUACCAUGUGAUGCAUCGUUGAUUCUGCAGUGCACCUGUAAUUUCACUAUCAGUAAUUUCACAGAUUUAUGUAUUCUCUGCACAGUGCUGGUGUUGGGCAGUGCACAUAUAAGAAGAAUAAUAAAUACCAUACACACAAACUGACGUAUUGUAAGCAGUGAAGCUAAAACAAUGUGCUGUAGUGGUCUUAAAUGCAUUUCCUUUUUUUGUCCACAGUGACUUAUCAACUAUGCAAAACAAUUGUAUGGCUUACGCUGUUGUACUAAACCUGUGGCCAGUGUCCAUGGUGUCUCAACAUCCUAAAUUAUUUAAAGACUAUCACCAAAUUUGUGACUGUGAGACUUAGUAUAGGAAGUUCAGUCACUUAGCCGUGAGCUUUAGGAAAAGUAUAUACUUCCAAUUCACACUAGGCUACUGUAAGAUUUGGUUUCUCUUGCCGCUGUAAAAACUCAAAUAUAAAACUAAUGCUCAA